ACCCAACGGCCUCAUACCUCUGUUUCAAGUCUAUACUUUGGAAGGCAAUCAACUACUACUAAGCUCCUUAACUGAUAGGAAUGAACGUGUAGUGACCAAUAAAAAGCGUGACUAUGGAAGGGCUCCAUAUUCAAGCCCGUCCCGAGCACGCGACUACAACUAACACUCCUCUAUAAAAUCAUUGCAACUAGCACUCCUUUAUAAACUCCUUGUGGCUUUGAACUCUGUCACUACUACCCCACCAACCAUAGAUUUAUCUGAAAACAAACUUGGUUCUUCUUGAUCCAAAUUUCCCCAAAAUAAAUGCAGCUCGUUUUCUAGCUCACCACCCAGAUUCUCUAAUCUUUGCUUGCACAAACACUUUGAUUACGCGCCUAUUCUCUGUCUGAACUCCUUUCUCCCUCUAGAAUUCUUUUUUUUUUUUUUUUCCUCUCUCUAAAGGUCUCUGAUUUGUGGCUGGAGGUGAGAGAAUAUGGCUAAAAAAAGCGCGGAAAGGUUGUUUGACAAUACACCCACAUGGGCCGUGGCUGGUGUCUGUGCGGUCAUCAUCAUCCUCUCUAUUGCCUUAGAAAAAAUCCUUCACAGAGUUGGAUCGAUGGGUUCAAACAUGAAGAAAUCUAUUUUUGAUGAACACACGUCAAAGGCCCUUCAGAAGUGGCACAUGGCUGCGAAGAAGAAGCACGGGAGAACAGGAAGAUCCCCCAUUCGAACCCCUGGUGGAGGAAGCCCAACAGCUUCAAUGGGUGGCUCAACAUUGCCCUCCACUGGAACUACACUCCACCGGUUCAAGACUACCGGCCACUCAACCAGCUCAUUCACCAACAACGACCUGGAAAAGUCUGAUUAUGAAGCAGACACUUCCAACUUGAUUAUAAAAGUCGACCACGAUGAUUCAGACACUGAAAUCAUUGUACCCCACACUGAGGAAGAAACCAGAAAAAAAGAAGAAGACUUCUCAUUUGUGAAACCUGCCCCGCCGAAGUGAAGAUGAUGCUGUAAAUUGCUGCCAAAACCAUCGACACUUUGUAUGAUUUUUUGUUGCAUGUAUUUUGAGAAAAUUUAUAAAUAUUGAUAAGCAGCUUCAUUUUAUGUAGUGGCAUCUAUUGUAACACUUGAUGUGCUUGUUCAUAAAUUAUAGUUUUCAGUCCACAAUUUUGCCUAUGUUCUGGGCAAAUUUUGCUUAUA